AAGGUACAACUUAAAACAGCUGAGCUACAAAGCAUUUCUGUUGACAGUGCGCUCCUUCUUGGUCGUUUGCAAACCCUCUCCGGUUUUUUACUGGGAAUUCAUCCUCUAGUGUAAACAUGGCUACUGAAAAGUGUUUCGCCAAAGGAAGUACUGCACCCGCUCCAGUGCCCAAAGGCCACAUCAGACUUUACAGCAUGAGGUUCUGCCCCUUCGCCCAGAGGACCCGAUUGGUGCUGAAUGCCAAAGGAAUCAAGCAUGACACCAUCAACAUUAACCUGAAAGACAAACCUGACUGGUUCCUUGAGAAGAAUCCACUUGGUCUUGUCCCAACACUGGAGACACCUGCUGGUGAGGUAGUGUAUGAGUCUCCCAUCACAUGUGAAUAUCUGGAUGAAGUUUACCCUGAGAAGAAGCUGCUUCCUUCCAGCCCGUUUGGUAAAGCUCAACAAAAGAUGAUGCUGGAGCAUUUUUCCAAGAUAACGCCGUACUUCUACAAGAUCCCAAUGGGCAGGAAGAAUGGCGAGGAUGUUUCAGGACUGGAAGCUGAACUGAAAGAGAAGUUUACCAAAUUAAAUGAGGACCUGGUUAAUAAGAAGACCAAGUUCUUUGGUGGUGACUCUAUCACGAUGAUCGACUACAUGAUGUGGCCAUGGUUCGAGAGACUGGAGAUCUUCGAACUGAAGCACAUCCUAGAUCACACGCCUGAGCUGAAGAAGUGGUCAGAGAGCAUGUUAGUGGAUCCUGCUGUCAAAGCCACCAUGCACAGCAUGGACACCUACAAGGCCUUCUACAAGAGUUACGUCGAUGGGAAACCCAACUAUGACUACGGCCUGUAGAGAGCAGUGACCAAAACCUUUAGCCGUCCAAUGUUUGUUUAUAUUCAUGUUCUUGGUCAUUAUUAUUCUGGAGUUAAGUCCAUUUUCCAAACUUUGAUGUAAUAGGAAAUUUUACUUUAGCAAGUACCAUGAUGAGUUAAGAUUAACAGAUUAACAGUCAACCUGUUUUAUUGGCCAUUUAGCACUUAUUAUAGUAUUGAGGGGAAAAUAUGAGAUCGACAUUAUGGGAAUGAGGUACAGUAACAGUAUUUGUCGUAUAUGUGUAAGGUGUUUUCAACGAUCUGCACUUUUUCUAAUAAAAACUGUAGUUGAAAUUA